AUAUUUUGCCUUGUGAACACUCCAGAGGCCACAUUUAUUGUCCGAUCUUCAUGAAACUUGGUCAGAACAUUUGUCCCAUUGAUACCUCGACUGAGUUCGAAACUGGGUCAUGCUGGGUCAAAAACUAGGUCAUAGGUAAAAAAAAAGAAAAACCUUGUGAACACUGUAGAAGUCACAUUUGAUGCCCAAUCUUCAUGUAACUUUGUCAAAAUGUUUGUCUAAUUGAUAUGUUGGUUGAGUUCAAAAAUGGUUCUGGUCCAUUGAAAAACAUGGCCGCCAGGGGGCGGGGCAGUAUUCCUUAUAUGGCUAUAGAGAAACCUUGUGAACACUCUAGAAGUCACAAUUUUUGUCCAAUCAUCAUGAAACUUGGUCAAUACAGGUCAGUUCCUUUGAAUCUCAGGUGAGUGACUUUGGGCCUUUCAGGCCCUCUUGUGUAAAGAUAUUUAUUGUUUAUAUUAAUUUUGUUCAUAUAAAUGUCCAUAUUCUGUGAAAUGGCCUCUGUAUUAUUGAAACUCCUACUCAAAAAAGCAUGUUUAGGAAGGUUUUGUUCAAAGAGUACAUUGUUUAGUAUUCCGUUGGUGCUUAACGAUACUGAAUUUCAGAGGGGAAUAAAACUCGGGUACAGUCUUCAUUGGCCGUAUACGUGUUAGCAUCUUUUCUGUAACCGGGGUACAUUUAAGUAUUCUUAAGAGUACCCGGGGUACAUUUAAGUAGUACCCUUGCCGACAAUGACCAAUCAAAUGUGAAUAUCUUAUUCAUGAAAUAAUUAAUUUUUCGUUAUGAUGAAUAAUGGUACCUUCAAUAGUUACAUAGUAAGAUACAUGCAAUAUUUAACCUUAAUAAUAAGGUUAUUGCUAGAAACAUGGUCACAUUAAUUAACUAGAUUUUUUAUGUUUUACCAAUUAGGUUAUUUUCAUGUAAGUUACUGUUUAAUUCUAACCAAGGUCUGCAUGUAAGCCACCUAGACAUGAAGUUCAAUGCAAAACCUCCAUCAAAUAUGCAGUUAUAGAGUGGCACCUGUUUUCCUUCCCUUAUCAACAGUGACCUUCACCUUGACCUGACUGACCCCUAAUGCCAUCCCAAACUUAGUCUGCAUGUAUGCUAGCUACACACUAAAUUUGAUAACAAUACUUCAAAUCUUAAAGGCUAUGAAUAUAAAUGUUUCUUUAAUCUGGGCAAUUAGAUUAGUUUAUAUAUUUGGAAUACAAUAUGAUAUGAUAAACCAAAUAUUGGGUCCAUGCAGAGCACACAGAAGUUUGUUUUCGAAGACCAAGAGGAAUGCGUGUGUGUGACCAUACCCGACACAUGCAACACACAGUAUGGAAUGUACACAUGGCCGUGUGCCCCAAUGUUAGCGCAGUAUGUGUGGGACCACAGGGGAGACUUUAAGGGCCGCCGGGUCCUGGAACUCAGUGCUGGCACUGCAUUACCUGGAAUUGUGGCUUUAAAAUGUGGUGCUGAUGUUCAAUUUAGUGAUAUUCCAGAGUGUAUGGACAGUGUCAGACUAUCUUGUGCAGCUAAUGGGCUAACGGAUGUGCAAAUUUUGGAAAUAAUAUGGGGCAAUUUUCAGCAAGGAUCAGCUAUAUCACUUCUUACUGACCUUGAUUGGGUCCUAGCCUCAGACUGUUUCUUUGAUUCAUCUGACUUUGAAGACAUUGUAGCAACACUUGCAUAUUUACUUGAAAGGAAUGUUAAUUGUGUUUGUCUAUUUGCAUAUCAGCUGCGGACCUUGUCAUACAGUAUUGAAAACUUACUAUAUAAAUGGAAUCUUACUGCUUCUCUCUUAGAAAUGACAACUGAUUCAGUCCCAACUAUUCAGCUUUUUAAAUUAACAGUCAAUAAAACUAAUAAUUAAUUGCAAGUUCAGCUAGACUAUUCAAAUAAUAGUCUUUGAUAUACAUUACUACUCGCCCUAAUGUCAGGGAAAUGCUCUUGUUAAGGUCAACAUGCAAAAUCACUGAAUCAGUGUUUAUACUACAUGUUUUCAGUUGAAACUUAUCACAUGUGUUGAGGGACUUUGUAUAAGGUCACUGACCAAGUUUCAUAACUCUAUCAUGCAAUUGCUUAGAAUUAUACAGCCUUUUUGUACUUUUGUUAAGGUAAGCAUGCAACAUCUCCAUAUCACUGUUUCUACAGGUAUUCCAAUGAAACUGCACAUUUAGCAGAAUUAUUCCCCCUUUUUGUACUUACCAGGUAGAUGUUUGGUUAAGAUUAAAGUGCAACUUCUCCAUAUCACUCCAUAUCACUGUUUCUGCUAUAAGUAUUCUUCUACAGGUAUGUGUUUAGAGUCUUUAUAAAAAUUCACUGAUCAAUACCCAUAAUUGUGGUCAAUUUUUAGCAACAUUAUUCCACCUUUUAAACUAAAAACGUCUGGCAAAGUUUUGCAUGCAGUUUGAAAUUCAGGUUGAAGUUUGCAUGCAAUCAGUAAAUAUCCCUAAAACUACUACAGAUAUUGUACUGAAAGCAGAAUUUAACCAGGUAGUAAUCUCAUACUUACAAAUUCAGGUUAACUUUUGUGUGCAAAGUCUUCAUCUCUCUAUGUCUUCUACAGAAACAUGUAUAUGUUUUCAGGGUAUUUAUAAACAGUUCUAUGAUCAAGACCUAUAAAAUUGACAAUUCUUCUAGCAUGAUUAUGCCCCUUUUGGUAACGUUAAGGUUUGCAUGCAAGUUGCAAUUCGUUUUAAGUUGCUUUCAACAAGUACAUAUCUCUGUAACUUCUGCAGAUAUUCAAUUGAAGCUACACAUAUGGUUCGGUAUCAUCAUUUGAGGUUAUUGAAUAAGGCCUAUAAAUCUGAGGUGUAAUGAAGCAGAAUUAUGUCCCUUAUUAUACUUUUUGUCCAUGCAGACCAAGCAUGGGUUUUCAUUUGGUGCCAGUUUGGUCAAGGUCACUGUUGCUUAAAAAAAUAAUAUUUAUAAAAUGUUUGGGCUCUAUAACUUCAGUUGGGAUGGAGAUAUUUAUAUGAAUAUUUGUUUGUAUGUAGCAUACUGAACUAGUGAGGGGUUGCAUUUUGGACCAGUGGUCACUGUAAAGUUGUUCCGUUCGAGAAAUAAACAUAUAGUUAACAUGGAGGUACUUUGUUUUAAUUGUGUGUGUAGAUAGCUUACAUUCAGACCUAGGAUGGGAUCGCAUUUUCAGCCAGUUGGGUCAAGGUCAUUGUUACUUAAAAUAGAAAAAUGGUUUAUGCUCAAUAUUAGCUAACAUGCAGAUCUUGCUUUCAAAAUUUAUUGAAUUGUACUUUAUGGGUAUAUAGCUGAAAAUCUAGUUUAUUUUGGUAUGGCACAUUUUUUGUUUUAGUUUUUAGCUCACCUGAUUGCUCAGGUGAGCUUUUGUGACCGGUCUUUGUCCGUCGUAUGUCCGUCUGUCUGUAAACAUUUGCUCGUAAACACUAUAGAGGCCACAUUUCUUGUCCCAUCUUCAUGAAACUUGGUCAGAAGCUUUGUCCCAAUGAAAUAUUGGCCUAGUUUGAAACUGGGUUGUGCCGGGUCAAAAACUAGGUCACUAGGUCAAAAAAAACAAAAAGCCUUGUAAACACUGUAGAAGUCACAUUUAAGUCCAACCUUCAUGUAACUUUGUCAAAAUGUUUGUCUUCAUGAUAUCUUGGUUGAUUUCAAAAGUGGUUCCGAUCUGUUGAAAUACAUGGCGCCAGUGGGCGGGGCAGUUUUCCUUAUUUGGCUAUAGAGAAACCUUGUAAACACUCUAGAAGUCACAAUUUUUGCCCAAUCAUCAUGAAAGUUGGUCAAAACAUUGGUUCAAUCGAUGUUUUGGACGAGUUCGAAAAUGGUCAAGUGUGGUAUAAAAACAUGGCGGCCAGUGGGCGGGGCAUUUUUCUCUAUAUUUAUAUAUUGGCAGUUUUCCCUAUUUGGCUAUAGAGAAACCUUGUAAACACUCUAGAAGUCACAAUUUUUGCCCAAUCAUCAUGAAAGGUGGUAAAAACAUUGGUUUUAUUGAUAUCUUGGACAAGUUUGAAAAUGGUCGGGAUCGGUGAAAAAACAUGGCCGCCAGUGGGCGGGGCAUUUUACUCUAUAUGUAUAUAGUGAAAACAUGUGAACACAGUAGAAGUCACAUUUUUGGCCCAAUUUUCAUGAAAUUUGCUCAGAACAUUUGUUUUCUUGAAACGAGAGUUGAGUUCAAAUAUGGUUCCGGUCAGAUGAAUAACAUGGCUGCUGAGAGGGGACAGUUUUCUCAUUAUGUCCCCCUCCCCUUUCGAAGAAGAGGGGGUAUAUUGUUUUGCUCAUGUCGGUCUGUCCGUCCACCAGAUGGUUUCCGGAUGAAAACUCAAGAGCACUUAUGCCAAGGAUCAUGAAACUUCAUAGGUACAUUGAUCAUGACUCACAGAUGACCCCUAUUGAUUUUCAGGUCACUAGGUCAAAGUUCAAGGUCACGAUGACCUGAAAUAGUAAAAUGGUUUCCGGAUGAUAACUCAAAAACACUUAUGCCUAGGAUCAUGAAACUUCAAAGAUAAAUUGAUCAUGACUCGCAGAUAAACCCUAUUGAUUUUCAGGUCACUAGGUCAAAGGUCAAGGUCACGGUGACCCAAAGCAGUAAAAUGGUUUCCGGAUGAUAACUCAAGAACGCUUAUGCCUAGGAUCAUGAAACUUCAUAGAUACAUUGAUCAUGACUCGCAGAUAACCCCUAUUGAUUUUCAGGUCGCUAGGUCAAAGGUCAAGGUUACGAUGACCCAAAAUAGUAAAAUGGUUUCCGGAUGAUAACUCAAGAAUGCUUAGGGUAGGAUCAUGAAACUUCAUAGGUACAUUGAUCAUAACUCGUAGAUGACCCCUAUUGAUUUUUUGGUCACUAGGUCAAAGGUCAAGGUCUCGAUGACCCGAAACAGUAAAAUGGUUCCCCGAUGAUAACUCAAGAACGCCUAGGCCUAGGAUCAUGAAACUUCAUAGGUACAUUGAUCAUGACUCGUAAAUGAUCCCUAUUGAUUUUCAGGUCACUAGGUCAAAGGUCAAGUUCACAGUGACCCGAAAUAGUAAAAUGGUUUCCAGAUGAUAACUCAAGAACGCUUAAGCCAAGAUCAUGAAACUUCAUAGGUACAUUGAUCAUGACUCGAAGAUGACUCCAGUUGAUUUUCAGGUCACUAGGUCAAAGGUCAAGGUCACGGAGACCUGAAAUAGUAAAAUGGUUUCUGGAUGAAAACUCAAGAACACCUAUGCGUAGGUUCAUGAAACUUCAUAGGUAUAUUGAUCAUGACUCGCAGAUGACCCCUAUUGAUUAUCAGGUCACUAGGUCAAAGGUCAAGGUCACAGUGCCAAAAAACAUAUUCACACAAUGGCUGUCAAGGUCACGGUGACUCAACUUAGAAAAAUGGUUUCCGGAUGAUAACUCAAGAAUGCUUACGCCUAGGAUCAUGAAACUUCAUAGGUACAAUGAUCAUGACUCACAGAUGAAAUAAUGAUGAAACUUGACCAGGAUGUUUGUCUGGACAAUAUCUAGGUCAAGUUUGACAUUUGGUAAAGAUUGAAUGAACCGACUCCUCUCAGGUGAGCGAACUAGGGCCAUCUUGGCCCUCUUGUUAAAUUUUAAGCUUCAAGUUAACAUAUUCUAUUUAACUGCUACAGACAUUCAACUUCAAAUAUGUGUCAUGUAUUGUAAUGUAAGGGACACAACUUGUAUUGUCUUGUUAAAGCAUGAAUUAAGUCAUCAGUUAUUUGUAUUGAGGUUUAUAUCUGUGUGAAUCUAUGAAUAAAGUCAGUUGUGAGUUACCCA